AAAAUAAGGGGGCCCAGAGUUGCAAUUGUUGCCCAAUCAGAGGCUUUCGCUUUGACUUGCCUGCCGGGCCAAGGAUCCUGGCAACGGCAAUCUGUCGCCUUGGCAGCUUGAGGUUGUUAGCCCUUGUCGGUGUCUCGAAUUGCGCGGCGCAACAAGACUCGAAAAAAAAAGAGAACAAUUUCCUCCUCUUCUGCUUACAAUCUCCAUCUUCAACGCCUGCGCCGGGUAUACCGACAUACCAUCCGACCCUCUGUUCACCCCCUUCCAUUCAGCCAAGAUGCCGACCAUGUGGAUGUCAGACUCGCAAAAAAUCGGGGUCGCUUUCUGCUCCGGCGGCGGCUUCUUCCUCAUAGCCGGCGUCCUCCUCUUCUUCGACCGCGCCAUGCUCGCAAUGGGCAACAUCCUCUUCCUAAUCGGCCUCACCAUCAUCAUCGGCCCGCAAAAGACCGCCCUCUUCUUCGCGCGCAAGCAGAAGCUCAAGGGCACGGCGGCCUUCUUCGCGGGGCUGGCGCUGAUCCUGCUGCGGUGGCCGCUGGUCGGCUUCCUGGUCGAGCUGUACGGCAUCCUGGUGCUGUUUGGCGACUUUUUGGGCACCAUCGCCUCCUUUGCGCGCAACGUGCCUGUUGUUGGGCCGUAUGUCGGGAUGGUGGUUGAUCGGGUGGGUUUGGGCGAGCGGCGGAAUGCCGAGUUGCCUGUUUGAGUUUGAGGGGGGUGGUGGUGGGUGUGUGUAAUAUAUAUGUGUGUAGGUGUGUGGGUGCGUUUGGGUGAUGGGGGUACUGGACGGAGUUUGGGGGUGAGGGAGGAGUAGGGGUGCGGGUUGAGGGCUGGCUGGUCACGGCGGCGAGGAUGUUUUACGGUUGCAUCGACGACUCGAAAGACUGGACGAUAUAUCGGGCUUGGGGUUCCUGGACGAGGCGCUUUAAUUACUGGUUUGUUUCGCACACCACCUGGCGCAGAGGAUACGGGAAAAGGGAAUGAUUUGGGACGAUUUUAUACGAGUCACUAGCCGGUUCCUCGCGGAAAGGGGCAUCAAGGCGGCGUUGGGCGACGUUGAUACCAAUGUUAUAAUACGGGGCGGGGGAGUUACCAUUCAAAGCGGGAUUGUAUGGACGAGAAGACUGGGGACACUCAUAGAAAAUGGACAGAAUUGGUCACUAGGGGGG